GCUAGUUAGGUACAUUUUGGGUUUAUGCGAAAUAUUUCUCCUUAAAAGAAUUAGGACUGGAGAGCAAUGAGUUAAAGCACAGCAGCAAGUAGGAACCUGAUGUCUUCAUGCGUUGUUCCUUGUCGGCGGUGUUAGAAGUUACACUGUACCAAAACAAAGGCGUUCGCUGAUUGGCGGAAGCGGCUGAGCUGUGCCGUUGCUAGAGAUGGCGGGUAACCGGCUGGUGGUGGCUUGGGUCAGCAAAGCGGAGUGGGAGCAGGUGCUGGAGUAUCUGUAUAGCCGGGACUGCAAGCUGCAGCGGGACGCUGUGCACCAGAUCUCUGCCUGGAAGAGCAGGUAUGGGAACAGCAUGCCACUUGCUGUAGAAUGCACGGCUGACCUUGUGCGAUGCAAAAUCCUGGACAUGAGUGGUGGGAUGGGAGAACAAGAGCUUGCCUUGCUGUAUGGAUUAGCACUUGUCAGGUUUGUGAACAUAAUCACAGAACCAAAGCAGAAAACCUUUGCCAUUCCUUUGAGACGUCUGGCUAAUGAGCUUAAGAUUCCCGAGUGGGUGGUUAAUCUUCGACACAGUGCCACUCAUGGAAAGAUGCCCAAAUUGAGUAUGUGCCGGAAAGGAUGGGACUUUGUGAUGGAAUGGCUCAGGCGUGAAUAUUGGUCCCGUCAACUGGGUAAUUCCUCAAACCCUCAGUGGGUCUCUGCAGAUGAUGAUGGUUCAGAAGAGUCUGAAGAUGUUCUUCCCACACUGUCCUUAAAAGAACAGAAACGGCAAAUCCUUUCUGUGAAACUUCGGGAGACUUUGCAAUCCUAUACAAGUGAACAAUUCAAGAUUUUUCAAGAUCUCCAGAAUGAUCCUAAGUCAAAGAAACCAUGGAACGCCACAGCUAACCUAGAAUGGAUCAUAGCACAGGCCAAAGAGCUAGUUUUACAAAACGGCACACAGCCUUCAGUUGAUAUUCUCUUAGAGGACGGCUUCAUUAUACCUACAGGGAAACAGCUAGCAACCUUGAAUAUAGAGCCAAAAGAUCAAGAUGAAGAUUUUCACCUCCCCCAGACCCUAUUGCGUUUUUGGCAACCACUACUGAAGGUCUUGCAUUCCCCAUCAUUCACUCAGGAGCUACUGGAGAGAAUGUUUGCAAGUUUGGGACUAAGUAAGGAGAGUGACACAGAGGCCAGGGAACACUAUCUCGCCUACUGGAGCUCUGAAAUUUUGACAGCCAAUUACAGUGCAGACAAGAAAUCCAUGGUUCCUUCACGCUCCCAGCUGGCUGUGAAGAGCAGAUGGAAGCUAUUUGCUCAUAGUGUAUCUUUCCAAUGGAAGAAGUUGAUGCAGAAGUGCCUUGAGUACCCGAGUUGGGCUACCCCUCACCUCCUAAAGCUGAUCUUUUCAUUCAUGAGGACUCGCUUGCCAGUCACCACUCAGGAGAAGCUGCUGUGUCUCUGCUCAAUCUACAUCCAGGAUGAGGGCAUGGAUGUCUUUGAAGAUAAUGAUCGGUCUAUCUAUACUGUUGAAAGUUUGCAGUUGAAAAUACAGCGUGAGUCAAAGGCUAGAAGCUAUGGUCACUGGGGAAGAGCAGUUCAUGAGGAGGACGAGAUGAGUGAGCACUCAGACGAUGAGGAGAUGAUUACAGAAUCCUACGAGGAGGAAUACAUUCAGAAGAUCAACAUGAAAACUGCAUCUGAGGGAAGAGCAGUGUUAGAGGGCUCUUCGUGGGGAGUAAGCUCAGAAUUUGUGAAGUGGGGCGAAUAUCCAUUAGGGGUAGUACCUGGGCAGACUGAGGACCCAGGCUGCCUCCUAAUUGACAGUUACUCCAUGAUGUCUGUUCUAGAGCAGCAGGAAUCUGAUGCCAGGAGGAAUGGACACAGAAUACCGAUUAGCUCUCCUGCUGUCACCACACCAUCUGACAAUGUGUUCUGGAGUCCAGCUGAACUAAAUCAUAUAAAAGCAGGAGUGCGGCUGUUCUGAAGACUAGUUUUCUCUGCUGCUUGUACAUUCAUCUUAGACAUCUCCAAACCACUCCAAAGGAAGACCGUACUGUGAACUGGCUGUGGAAACGUUAAUGCGAGAAGCAAUGGUAACCUUUGCGGACUCUAAUUGCGGACAUCUGCACAUGGCUUUUUUUUUUUUUUUUUAGGGUGGGCUACUGGUUUGGGGUGGUCCUUCCUGGGUUUUUGUUCCCAUGGUAAUUCUUCUUGUAUGUUAAAUAAAAGGAUGUUUUCUAAA